ACCAAACCCAGAGGUUUUUCAAUCCUGUCCACAAUUUCACUUACCCAACAAGAAAAAGUAAAUAAAAAGUGUUGUAACAAACAAGUACAAAUUCUUCUUCUUCUUCUUCAUUUUUAGCAUUUUUUUUUAUGGCUUGAAAAUUCAUAAUUCUCAUACAAAAUUCAUAGAUUUCUACUCAGAUUGGUGAAAUCAGUGACAUUGGUUUAUUGCAUCGGGUGAUCACUUGUUGGCAUGCUUCUGAAGAUAUGGUGUAUAAGAAGAAGUUAGAUUUUGGUUUCAAUGGCUUUCAAGUUCCAGUUAUACCUAAAGCUCCUAGAUCAGUUAGAAGGAGACGUUCCUGUAAAAAAUUGGAUGAUGAUCAAAUUUGUGCAUUUGAAUUAUUGGCGGCUGUUGCCGGGAAGCUUUUACUGGAGAGCGAAAGCUCUACUUCCAGUAAUGCAGCAGAAGGGAAAAAUGAAAUUGCUGAUGGCAGGGAUGGUAUUAAAAGCGAACAAGUGGAAGAAGGUAAAGCUGUGAAAUCAGAGUGCCUUGACCAGGGGAGUUGUGUAGAAAGCGACUAUUUACCCGACACUGCAGUCCAAGAUCAGAAUUUGAAACAUGGUUUCGAUAAACCUCAUCAUGCAGAAAAUAAUUAUUUCUUGGAGCAUACUUCUACUGUUAUAGGUUCUGACGCUGACUUGAAGUUGGAAAACUGCAAGGAGGUCAAUAUAACUGAUGGAAAAUUCCACCACAAAAUUGAAGGUGGAUCCUCUAGUCUCGAGGAUCCAUGUGAUAGUAAAAUCAGGACAGGAACCCAAAAGCACUUAGAUGAUGACAGCAAACAGAUUGAAGACGUAACUGUGACUAACACUUGUAGUGUAAAGAAUCCAAUCAAAGAAUGUGUUAAUAACAGUGGCUUGUUUAACUCAGAUGGUAGUGUACAGUUACCCUUGUACAGGGAUUCGGUUCCUAGUGCUUCUUUUGUAAAGCAAAGGAACAGUGUAAAGUUAGGUGUUAGAGAUGAUGACGAAAAUUCUUUUGACUGCUAUAGAUAUAGCACCAAGUUAAGGGCCUUUAGGACGACAUCACGACUUGGAUACAGAAGAAUAAGGAAGAUGCUGAAAUCACGACACUGGAAAGUGGCUCCCAAGUUGAAGGAAUAUGAGCGAUCUUACACAAAUGGUGGAAUGGAGUCCUUUUACCUCAGUAGGAAAAGUGUACGUGCACGCAAGAGAUGCCAACUUGAAGUUCCUUCCAAGAGACGGAAAUUGAGCAACCAUGGCUUUGCUGUUGCAUAUUACCAGGAGGCCAGUAGCGAAAGCGUUACAAAUUCACCUGACAAGGAAAUCAAACGAGACAUUAGUACCUCGCAUGCCAUCCCGCCGAGAGGAACUGCUGAUCCAGCUUCAGUUAACAAUCAUCACAAGAAGGACCCUAAUGUUAAAUUUAGCAUCAAGUCUUUCAAGGUGCCAGAGCUUUACAUAGAGGUUCCUGAAACUGCAACAGUUGGCUCUCUGAAGAGAACGGUUAUGGAGGCAGUUACAGCUAUAUUGGAAAGUGGAUUACGGGUUGGGGUGGUUCUCCAGGGAAAGAAGGUCAGAGAUGACAAUAGAACUCUGGAGCAGGCUGGCAUUUCCCAGAAUGGCAACCUCGAUAAUUUGGGUUUCACUUUGGAGCCUAGAUUCACCCAAGUUUCUCCAUCAUCAUCUCCUAAUAAACUUCCGGCUUCAUCAACAUAUGUUGCAGAUCAGGAACUAACAAGGCGGCGACCUAGUCCUAUAAUGGAAUUUGGGAUUCACAAUGCUUCAGCAGACCCUCUAGAGACUGAUAUGUGCAAGUACAGCGAGAAUAACCAUCCAUCAGAGCUAUCGCCUACAAAUCCUAUUGAUUCAUCAACCGAUGUAUCUAUUCCAGAUUCUAGAGCCUUGGUGAUAGUCCCUUCAGUUAAUGCAGAGGCACUUGCUAUGGUUCCGCUGAACCAUAAAAGUAAACGUUCUGAACUUUCACAACGUAGAAUACGGAGACCAUUCUCAGUUGCAGAAGUAGAAGCACUAGUUGAAGCUGUGGAGCAUCUUGGAACUGGAAGGUGGCGUGAUGUUAAAAUGCGUGCUUUCGAUAAUGCUGAUCAUCGAACUUAUGUUGACUUGAAGGAUAAAUGGAAGACAUUAGUACAUACAGCAAGCAUUGCCCCGCAACAACGAAGAGGCGAGCCCGUUCCCCAGGAACUUCUGGACAGAGUCUUAGCUGCUCAUGCUUACUGGUCUCAACAACAGGGGAAACAUCACGCUGAACUUCUAAAAACUCCAGAUGCAAAAGCACAGAAAGUUAGCGCUUGAAGGAAUUCGUCGAAUUGUCAAUGAUGUAAAGAAACUA